GCAACUCAAGUUGAAACUUCAAUUUUCAAACAAGUUUUAUCGAAAAUAUGUUUUAUUUUCAAGAAAUAAUCUCAUAUAAAAUUUAAUUUAAAAAAAUAGCAACAUGAUACACGAUGCUCUUUUAAUGUUAUGGGAUUGCUCUCCAACUAAUGGAUCUAACGAAAAUAACUAUUCUAAUGAUGGUGACGCAGAAAUAUAUGGAAGAAUAUACGAAAUUGCCAAAAGCCAUCAUAGAAUACAAAACUUUGUCGAAACCACCGGUUUUCGGUCAAGAAAAACAUUGUCUGCCUCAAAUCACAAGCUGUAUGGCCUCUAUACGCAAGCUUUGAGCGAAGGCAUGUCUGAAGUCUUACAAUUAUAUAAGAAAACCUUAAUUGAGGUUGAAAGUUUGGUGAUUGGAAACAUAAAUUACACUCUAUCAUUUGUAUACAGCUAUGUGGAGAAAUACAGGGGACUGUUCAAUACAUUGAAUAGAGUUAUUACAACAAUUAAAGAGAGGAGAUUAGGGGGAUGUCAGAUAUUGAGUUUGAUACAUCAGUAUAUACUGAAUGGUAGUGAAAUGGUACAUGAAGCUAUUGUAAAAAUAUUCACUUGCAUGAACAAGGUGUUUGUGAAUCAGUUAUGUACUUGGCUUUUGUAUGGGGAACUAAGAGAUCCGUACCAAGAGUUUUUUAUAUUCCGUAAUUUAGAUGAACCCUCAGAAACGUUUCUCUCAACACCAUCAUCAGCUCAAACAUGUGAUAAAUCACUUGUAUCUACUCUUCAAGAUGCCACAUUAGACUGUGGUUUUACACUGAACCCUAGCAUGAUUCCACAUUUUGUACCUCUGUCUUUGGCACAAGAAAUAUUGUUUAUUGGGAAAACAGUAUUACUGUUCGGAUUUGAACCAAAGAAGACAAAAAAGAGCAACAAUUUUGCCACAAACAGAUCUAUGAUUACUCUGCAAAAAUGUGUCACUGAUUCUCGAAGGUUCACAAUUUGGGAAGAGAAAGAAGCAGAAUUUCAUGAAAAGUUACAAAAACUUAAAAACCCUGAAGUUUUUGAAGUAUGCAACUUAAGAAGUGUGGUUCGCGACAUAAAAGAGUGUGUUACCAAGCAUCUUUGGACUGUGGCCGUGGAAGAGGCUCAGUUGAUACAUGAACUUAAGUUAAUGAAAGACUUCUAUUUGCUGGGCCGUGGUGAACUUUUUUUAGAGUUAUUGAGGCUAACGGCACACAUGUUAGAUAAAGCUACAACCAGGACUUCCACUAGAGAUAUGAACCACGCGUUUCAACUGGCAGCAAGAGCAGUAUUCCUUAGCAACAGUGCUGAUAUAGAGAAAUUCAGUUUCGAGUUGCCAUAUGUAAAACCUAACACAACUGGUAACUCAUCUGUUGAAGAAGACAGCAACUGCAGUAGUGUCGCCGAUGGCUGGUCCAGUAUAAUUUUGAAGUACGACUUCAAAUGGCCACUUCACUUGCUCUUCACGCCUGAAGUGUUGGCGAGAUAUAACGACAUGUUCCGACUUUUGUUGAGAAUUAAGAAAACUCAACAUGAUUUACAUGCAUUGUGGAAGACUUAUAAACAAUCUGCCAGCUUUCCUGUAUCCCAACUCCACAAUAAGUUGAUGUUUUUGAUGGAUAAUUUACAACAUUACAUGCAAGCUGAUGUGUUGGAGACUAACUUCUCGCGCCUUAUGGACGCCGUCAAUAAGACAAACGAUUUUGAGAAGCUAAAGCGUGCGCACGCUACGUUCUUAGCCGACGUGCUCAGUCAGUCGUUUUUGACUGUUACUUCUUCCUCAGAUAGCGACUGCUCCGGUGAUACUGGCGACUCGAUAAACAAUCCUGUGUUUUGCAACAUAAUGGACCUUUUGAAACUGUGUCACUCAUUCUGCAGCAUGAACGAAAUUGUGUCCGAUAGGGAGGCGGAGGAUUAUUAUAUUCGUGGUUAUUCGGAAAGAUUCAAUAAACUAGUGAAACAUUUGAUGCAACUGCUGGUGUCGUUGCGCGACCGUCCUUGUGGGGUAUACCUAGCACGGCUCCUGAUGAGGCUCGAUUACAACCGAUGGCUCAGUGGCGAGGCUCAACUCACGCAAUCCGUUACCAACAUGUUACGGUAUUGACGUUAAUAUAUCGAAUGGCACGUCAUAAAAUUUUGUGUCUACAGUUAAAGCUUUUGGUCCUUCGAACCUGGUACAAAAUAUUCCGACCAUACCAUUGCUCUCUUAAUAACUUACUAAACUUAUUCAACACGUCCCUAACUAAAGGUAUAUUUUUAUGAUGAAAUUUAAAUGAUGUAAGCACUUUAUUUAAAAAUUCCAUCAGUCCAUUAGUCUAUAAGUAUUUAGGCUAGUUAUUAGCAACAAUAAAAUUCUUGAAUAAUAUUUUAGUUUAACACAAUCUAAACUAUGUACAAUUUGUAAUUUAAAUAGUCAAUAUUAAUUGUUAGAUAAUGAAUUCACUUUGUAAUAUAUUGUAUUUGUAUACAAUAUUAAUAGGAAAAUGAUGCCAUUAACAUAGACACAUAUUUGGUUAUAAUAAUUUGUUAACAAUAUAAAUUUUAAUAAAACCCUUCCUAACA